AUGCAUUUUUUUUUUUUUUUUUUUUUUUUUUGCCUUUGGAUAUAUUCCCAUAUUUGGUUAUUUCUCUAUUUCCACUUCUUUCUUUGUUUUCAUCAUUUCUUUCUCCAUAAAUUUCUUUCUUUCUUUCUUUCUUUCUUUCUUUCUUUCUUUCUUCUGUUUUUUUUUCUUUCUUUCUUUUCGUCACUUCUUUCUCUAUUAACCAUAAUCAUUUCUUUCUUUUUCAUUGAUUUUUUCUUUCCUUGUCUUUCUUUUUGUUACUAUUUUUUCUGUCUUAAACCAAUCAUGAUUCUCAUUCUUUUUCUUUGUCACUUUCUUUCUUUUUCUUUUUCACUUUUAUUCUUUCUUUUUGUCAUUUCUUUUUUCAUUUUGAUUUACUUCUUACUGUCACAUUUUCUCUCUCUCUUUUUCUUUCUUUCUUUCUUUUUUAUUUAUUUGUUUCAUUCUUUCUUUCUUUUCAUUCUUUCUUUUAACUUAUUCCUUGUAUCUUUCUUUUCUAUUUCUUUAUCUUUCGCAACAUACAUUUUCUUUUUUUUUCUUUUGCAACAUUUUCUUUAUUCUUUCAUUUUAAUUUCUCAAAUUUCCAUUUAUUUCUCUUUUCUGCAUAAACAUUAUGUCUUUUUUCAUUCUUUCUUUCACAUAGUUAUAACUUUUCCUUUUUUUCUCAUUCAACAUUUAUUACUUUCUUUCUCUUUCUUUUUCUUUCUAAUAUUGGUUUUCUUACUCUCUUUAUUCAUUUGGCAACUCUCUUCCUUCAUUACAUUUCUUUCUUUCUUUCUUUCUUUCUUUCUUUCACAACAACCUCUUUUUUAUUUAUCUCUAUUUUUCUUCCUUUCUCACUUUGGACUUUCUUUCGUUCUUCAGUUAUAUAUUUAUCACCAUUAUCUCUUCGUUUCUUUCUUUUUCAACGUUCACUUUUAUUCUUUACUCUUAGCCACAGGAAGAAGGAACUGGAAUCGGGGACCAAAAGAUUAUGUUUCACAAGUCUUCCAUGCAGAGGAGCUUCCGAAAACCCGCCUUUCUCUCUGCUUGCUUCAAUCUAUCCCUUUCAUCUCUUCCCUUCUUCUUUAUUCUAUUUCCUUACAUCGUUCGAAGCGUUCUCGUUCUCAUUUUCUUUUUCUUUUCUCCCAAACUUACAUCACUACAGCACCCCCUUUCUCUAUCAUCGACCAUUCAUCACACCAUCUGUCCGCAACCAAUGGUGACAGGCCUCUUUUAAGGGAUUUCAUUUCUUCAUGGUCGACAAUGCAAAAAAGUGGGAACAGGAUUUUCCGAGAGAUUUGUUUCUCUCUCUCUCUUCUCUCUCUCUUCUCCCUCUCUCUCUCUCUCUCUCUCUCUCUCUCUCUCUCUCUCUCUUGCAGAGAUUCGUCAACAAGUUUUUACUUCUCAUUACUUUAA